AUGGAGCCGCAGAAGCCCGAGCAGGAGCUGCAGCGCUUUUACCACCAGUUGCUGGGUCCUCUGUCGCUCUUUCCCCCGCGCAAGAAGACGCCCCCGGAACUCCCCAAACCGGAAAAGCCUCAGCGGCAGGAGGAGUCAAUGCUUCAGUCCAUCCCGCCCGCGAAGCUGAGCGUGAGGUCGCUGUGCAAGCAGGUGUCCCAGCUGCUGUCCGGCAGCGGGCUGGCGGCGCGAGUGCCCCCCGGGAGCCGGCACCGCUUCAUCCAGGUCAUCCUGAACGAGCUCAGGUGCAGCUGGCGGGAGCCUCCGGCCGAGCCCAGCCUCAGCUACGCCAACAACCAGAAACUGCGCAAGCGGCUCGAGUCGUACGUGCUGCUGUGCACCGAGCAGCUCUUCUUGCGUUACCUGCACCUGCUGGUGACCCUGUCCACCCCGGCGGGCAUCUUCACCGAGUCCGCCAACCUCACCCGCCUGGCUGCCAACCUCGCCCACGACUGCACGCUCUUCCUCACUGGUCCCAACGUCUACCGGUCCUUGCUGGCCGAUUUCCAGGCCUUGCUGCAAGGCGGCGGCACCGACAAGCUGCGCCAAGCCUGCCCUCUAGGGGCCUUCAAGUUCUGCCCCCUGCCCUGGCCUCACAGCACGGGCUUCGGCCAGGUGCCCUGCUCCAGCCUGACCCUCAGCUAUCUCAUCCGGCUCAGCCGCCCCCCGGAAUUGCUGAGUGAGCCAGACCUGGACCCAGUGAAGGAACUUGAGUCCAUUCCCACACUUAAGAAGAGGAGGCCUCUCCGCUGGCUGUCCACCGUCACGAAGAAGAGGGAGGGUGAGCCCAGCCUCUCACAGCAGGAGCCGGAGCCCAGGCCGUCCAUGACCCCCACCGACAGGACCUCCGCUGUCCUGGCCUCUCCUCCCAGUCUGCAGCUCGCCCGGGGCCAGUCCAUGCCCUGCUUGAGGAAGGGCUGGACGCUGGCGGAUGAGCUGGGCCUGCCACCGCCCCCGGCUCGACCUCUGACGCCGCUGGUUUUCACAGCGGACCGCCGGGCAGAGCAGGCAGGAGACGUGGUGGCUGAGGAUCUGAAGCAGAUGAUGAAGAACAUGAGAUUGGAGCGGACGCGUUACCGCAAGGUGGACCUGGGCCUGCCCCUUCUGCUGAGGGUGGUGACCCGGCGCCCAGCUGCAGGCCGCCGGCUGGAGGAGCUGCAGAGGAAACUGCAAAAGGGCAUGGAGGAGGAGGAGGAGGGGGCCUCCUGGCAAUGGGACCGCCAGGCCCCCAGGUCCUGCCCUCUGGCACCGCAGCCAGUGACGGUCACUUUGAAGAUGAGAAAUCAGGUGACGGUGCAGGUGGCCACUGUGCGGCUCUCGGACCGAAACGUGUUGGACACUCUCCAGGUGGAGGAGGCUGGGGUGCUCUACAACCACCUGGCUGACGAACUGGAUCCCAAAGCCAUCGAAGACAUGGACGCCAGUCACUUUGUGGGCAGCGACAUCAAGGAAGUCUACACGGAGCUGCUGAGCCGCGUCUCCACUGACCACUUCCGCCUGGACCAAGGACCCCUGGUGGAGCCUGCUGCUGACCGCGACUGGUCAGCCUUCCUCUCCUCGUGCACCCUGCGCCAAGACAAACGGCUCCAUAUCCUCAACCCCAAGCUGGCCUGCCUUUACUCUCGGACAGCAGGCAGCAUGGAGCCUGGCUCCCGGAAGACACCCACCUUCAAAUCGUCCCUGGCCCAUAAACCCUGGGGGAAGGACGCUUGGGCCGACUGGUGGAAAAACGCCUUGUCGGUGGACGACUACUUCAAGUACCUGUCCAGCCGUGAGACGGAUUUCCUCCACGUCCUCUUCCACUUGUACGAGGAGGAGGCCCAAGUGGAGGAGGUGGUGGCAGCACCUGUCCGCCGGUCCCCAGAGAUUGAGCGCCCCCCUCCGCUGGUGGAAGAGGAGGAGCCCGACUUUGUGCCCGGACUGUGGAAUUGGAACACGGUGCUGGAGCACCGACUGGGCGUCGGGAAGGCCCGGCCCCUGGCAGAACCCCACAAGAUCCCGAGCCUGCAGAAACGCCUGGAACAGCUGUGGCUGGUGCUCGAGGUGCCCGCCCAGGACCAGCUGAAGAUGGCCGUCAAGUACAGCUCCAACGCACGGCUGAGGCAGCUGCCCGCUCUGGUGACCGCCUGGGAGCAGGCCCUGAAGCCCAUUCGCCUCCGGGAAGCCUGGCUCGGGAGGCUGGAAUGGUUUGAGCGCCAGGCCUCCGACCCCAACCGCUUCUUCCUGAGGAACCCAUGGAGCUUGGGUCACUUGCUGGAGGAGAGCCAGUUGCGCAGCUACCUGCACAGGAAGCUGCAGCUGCUGGAGUCCUCCCUGACAGCCCUCCUGCGGGAGAUCGAGUCCGCCUUCGGGGAGCCCGUGACCUUCCGGGGGCGGCGCUACCUGGACAAGAUGAAACAGGACAAGGUGGAGAUGCUGUACUGGCUGCAGCAGCGGCGGCGGGUGGGGCACCUGCUGCAGGCCCAGCGGGUGUUGCGCCAGUCAGCUCUGCUCCGCAGGUGCACCACUCAGUCGCUGGUCGUGCCAGAGAACUCGCCUGUCGCCCCUUAG